CAUCAAAAACACCUUGUGUAAUGAAAAACCCGGAUAUAUAAUCUCUCCCUAUAUAUUCUCCAUGCAUUGAGGUAGCCUCAACCCCUCCAGGGACCUGGUACAGACUUGGAACUUGUUUCAUACAACACCUGCUACUUGAAGGAAAAAAAGAAGCAAAUGAUACCAAGACAAGCUCCUAACAGGGAUCUAAUCACCAGAUGUGUGCGGAUGAAAAUACAGGGCCCGGUGAGAGCAGAUGAGGCAUCUUAUGGCUGAGUCCAGCAGCGGAGGACAACACCCAGACCAGCCAUCCCUUCCCUCAUUGCCGUGAGGACUCUCAGAUUUUCCAUAUUAUGCUCACCUGGAGAUGGAAUAGAGGGAGGGUUUCUUUGGAUACUGCUGACCAUCUCCUCCUGCAAAUUUGGAAAUUUCUCUUCUAAGAGGCUGCUUCUCCUCCUGCCUCUCUGACUGCCCCUGCUGCUCCUUCUUCCCUGGCCCCUCUACCUGAAGCUUGAAGUGAGAUGAGUCAGAAAACGGGUAAGGAGGGUCCCAGACUCUCCAAGAACCAGAAGUUUUCCGAGCACUUCGUCAUACGUUGCUGCCCACCAUUCACCUUCCUCAACUCCAAACGUGAGAUCGUGGAUCGGAAAUACAGCAUCUGUCGAAGUGGCUGCUUCUACCAGAAGAAGGAAGAGGACUGGAUCUGCUGUGCCUGCCAAAAGACCAGCCCCAGCCGCCGUGCAACGUCCCCUAAGAAGCCCAAGAAACAGCCAGCGGCACCCCCCGCGGUGGUCAGAGCACCAGCCAAGCCACGGUCCCCUCCGAGGUCUGAGCGUCAGCCACGCCCCCGCCCAGAGGCCCGACCACCACCAGCCAAGCAGCGCCCCCCUCAGAAGCCCAAGCAGCAGCCGCGCAGCAGCCCCCAGAGAGGGCCAGGCACCAGCCGUGGGGGGUCCCCCAACAAAGCUUCUAGGUUCUGGUAACACCAUCUCUUCCCUUUCGUUCCCCCAGCCCUAAGAUUGAAAAGGAAAACCAAGCCAACUCCGAAGAAGAAGUGACCAGUAAGGAAUAUCAAGUGAAUGGAUGGCCUCAGCUCCUGGGCUCACUGCUUCUCGACCAACAUGCCCUUGGGCGAGUCAUCCAGCUUCGAAUAUGACCCAGGGGCAGACACCUGCGGAGGUGGCAGCUGCCAAUGCCCAUGGUCCCCACGGUGUGGGGGGCCUGCUGGGCAGCCUGCCUGGAGCAUUUUGAAGGUAUCAUCCUAUUGUCUGCUGACCUCUAUAGUUGCCAGUGAAAAAUCUGCUGUCAGUGUACUUGUCCUUCCAUUGAUUCAAGUUUCUUCAGUCUGAAGACAUAUAUCUUUCUUCAGGGAUGUGCCAAAAAAAGAUAUCGUUGUACAACCAUCAUCAUGGCAAAAAUUAAAAAUUAUCAAGUGUUGGCAAGGAUAUGGGGAAAAGUCUCAUAAGCUACCGAUAGAAAUUUGUAAACUAUUACAACACCUUUGGGGUGAAAUUGAGGGAUAUGUGCAAAGCAGGAUAUUGUAUAACCUAUGAUCAAGCAAUUACGAUUUCAGGCACCCACCUGAGAGAAAACUGGCAUUCAUUGAAAAAGGAGAUACAUAUACAUAUGUUCAGUGAAGCACUGUAUCUCAUUGAAAAAAAGAGAGAAAGAGAAAGAAAUUAAUCAAAAUGUCCACCAAUAGGAGAACGAGUGAAUCAAUAAAUGCACAUUCAUAAACAAAAUCCUAAACAGCAGUUAAAAUAAAUGAAUCAGAUACACCCAGAUGAGGGAGAUACAUUUGGGGGAAAAAAUUAGGAAUACAAAAAGCAAAUAGUAGAUGGUAAAUGCAAUAUGAUGCCCUAUGCGUAGAUUUUAAUAACCCACAAAAGUAUAAUUGCCCAAUAAGCAGAAACUGUAAGAUCUCACACUCUCUGAAUACUGCAAUAGAAUUUAAAAAGACAACAAAAUAAAAGGCUAUCCAAGAAAUAUCUGUCCUCUUGGAAAUCAAAAAUAUUUGAAAUAAUUCCUGGCUUGAAGAAAUAACAGAAAUUAAAAGUGCUAUAGAAAUGGUCAACACUAUUAGCCAGACACAAAUGUUUUUGGAGAGAUAAGUGGGAGGCUGAUGAUAAGCCUGGGGUCUCUCCAAGGUUACAAGUCUUAGAAAACAAAAACUCUGGUUCUGAGUCAAUUUUGGAUCUGGGUUGUACUGUGGCUUCUGCAGCUUUCUGACACGGAGAAAAGGGGGAAGAGUUAGAAUUCACCCGUCCCUCACAAACUUCCUUAUUAAUAGGUAGGAAAACACAGUAGAAGAUAAUAGAAUGUUGUAGAAUGUGGAGGGAUGUAAAAUGGGCGGUGUUAGGUAGAGGGAACUCAGUGAGGGAGAGAGGGGGCAUCUGGAACAGUCUGGUGCUGGGAGCUGGCAUGGCCAAGCACAGGCAGAUGCUCCAACAAGGAAUGACCCUGUGCCCUCGAGUGAGCACAGCCAGACCCUGCCAAGUUUAAGGGGCAAGCAAAAAUAUGGGGGCAAUGCCAGAGAGAGAUCUGUUCAAGGUGUAGGGCUGGGAUGAGAGGGAAUGCCAGAGAGUAGGGAGGAAGAGUGGUAGACUCAGAUGAGAUUUAGCUCAGAAUGCCACACCCCCAGAAAGAGAAAUCAGGCCGAGUACUGUCCCAGGGCAGCUGGAGGGCAAGGCCAGAGUGUCCUGGCUUCCUCACUUGGGGAGGCCACUUCUCUGUGGAAGUGGCAAUAAAAAGGCAGGGGAAUUGAACUCCACAGAGCUUUCAGGUAGAAAUAUUUCUCCUGCCUCAAUUCAGGUGCUAAAUGAACAACAAAAUGAAGACCUCUACUAUGAACAGUUUCCAACAAUGAGAUAUCCGAGGCCAUUACAUUCCUGGGAAUAACACCAGGGGUGCCAUGACAGACUACUAGAAAGAACAAAUUAGUGGGCCAGCCCCACUCAGACCCAAUAAGGAAGCUUAAUAUUUCUUCAGCCCGUUUUAGAUUUUGGCAAAGCCAGACCCCACACUCAGAGCUUGCUAGGCUCUAUCCUCCAUAUCAUCCAGGAGAUACACAGUUACUACAGAGUGAGCAGCUGGGGAGGAGAGAGCACCGAGUGCAUUAAUUCACAUGAAAAAUUGGACAUUAGCACAGAAAUGUUAAUAAACAGAAAUCCCUGAAUUCUUUAUGUUCGUCUGUUGUGGAAAUAAAACCCUCUGGGGAUAGAUAAAAACAUGUAUGGAAAUUACUUGAAACUGAUGUACAAAUAAAUUAAUGUGCCUUGGAUAUUCUUACUAAAAUGUGCUAUAAUUCGAUUGUAUUUUUUGUCUUUUAAGGGUUGUUUCUGGGGAGCACUAUGCAGUAAAUAUUGCAGAAGUUAUAUAAAGCUCCAAAAGCUAUUCUAUGUAAAUUUCUUGAGUGUGAAUUCCCAACCAUAAUGUUUGGUAUAUUACUUUGAUAAUUCUGGAAGUUAAUUGAUUUUAUAUUCUGACAUUUUCACUGGUUUGGGGAAAACUGAUGUGUGUACCCAGAGUUGUUCUGUAAAUGCUUAACAACCGGC